CGCCGGCUGCUCAGUCAGGUGUUCUGUGGCUCAGUUUCGUGUGGUUUCGUUGAGAAAUAAACGUCUGUUCCCAAUUUUCCUGCAGCGCGGAGGCAGUUUACGGUUUUGCACAAUCUACGCCGUCAGCAGCCAACGUCGAGCACUGCGUGGUGCAGCGCAGAGGCUAGCGCAUCUCGGCAUGGGACCACCGAUUGUGGACCAACUGCUGGCCGCGUCACACGACCAGGUUGAGAGCUUACUCAAAGAGUUUAAUGCAAAGCAUGCCCAGAUAUUCACCUUUCCUGACCUAAGCCUGGAUGAUCGGCAGCGUCUGGUGUCAUGGAUGAUUGAGGUGGUGUCAUCUGGAAAAGCCAAGGAGUCAUGCCAGGUGCGGUGCCUGGAAACACUGCGGCUUCUGAGUCGAGACCGGUGCCACCUGGAGGAGGUGUUCUCGGCUGAUGUGCUAGCCAGCUUGGCACGUGUGGCCCAACUCACAGGGCGACCCAGUGAGGAGCUUGGCCAGAUUGAACACCUACGUGCACCAGUGGUGGUGGAGGCCCUGAAGACCUUGUGCAACCUCAUCUACAACAGUGCUAUGGUGCAGCAGACAUGCAGUCACAAUGGCUGUGUGGAAGGCGUCAUGCUGCGGCUCAAGCUGUACGUGCACCCAGAUCUGCCACACAAUGUCAAGUUUUUUGACAUGCGGAUGCUGUUUCUGCUGACAGCCCUCUGCGCCGAUACCAGGCCUCGGUUACGGACAGAGCUGCAUGGCCUGAUCUACCUGCGCGAGACGCUCGACCUGGUUCUCAAGUUAAGUGAAGAGCGUACUGCGGCUGCUGCACAGAGCUCACCAGGACCCAAGCGGUGUAUGCGCCUCAGUCGUCGUGGGCGUCACGGUGGUGAUCCUGUUGGGGGCCCGACAGUAGUGACCCCUGUGCUGAGCACCGAGGAGGCUUUACUGGCAGCUGAAGUGCUCAAGGUGCUCUACAAUCUGACCUGCAGCCUUGAUAAGUUCCACGUGGAGGAGGAGGAUGAGGUCCAUUUUGAACGCUUGGUGGGCCUCCUGCAUGACCUGCUUCUCUGCGACGUUGCCGAUGUCGAGACCAAGGACCAAUUGCAUGGGCAAGUGGUGCACCUUCUGUCUAGUGUUCCGCGUUCAAGCUACGCGGAGCUGCUUACAGAAGCAAGCAGUGGCGAAGAGGGCAGCUUUGAGGGCUACAACAUAGAUGCAGUGGCUGUGCUGGUCGCCUACCUGGAACGUAGGCUUGACGAGGUAGAAGCCAAGCCCAGCUUUCAGCGGCAGUUGACCCCUGUGCUGUUGUGCUUGGCUGAGUGUGGGCAUGGACACAGGAUACUGCGUCGGUACCUGCGCUCAAGGGUGCUGCCACCGCUGAGUGAUGUCAUGAACCGUCCUGAAGCAGGCAACACCUUGCGCAACAGGAUGGUGCGGUUGAUGACAGUUCCGUGCACGGACACCAAGCACCUGGCCGCUGAGCUGCUGUUUGUGCUGUGCAAGGAAAAGGUGGGACGCCUCGUCAAAUACACGGGCUAUGGGAACGCUGCGGGGCUGCUGGCGAGGCGAGGGUUGCUGCUAGGGGGCGCAGGGGCGCCCUACUCAAGCGACUCUGAGGACAGCGACACGGAGGAGUACCUGCGGAACCGAGAUGAGAUCAAUCCGGUGCUCGGCUGCUACCAGCCAACGCACGAUUCGCCCCUGCAGGGGCUCAGCCAGGAGCAGAAGGAGCACGAGGCCAUGCAGUUGGUCAGCCUCAUGGACCAACUCACCAGAGGUGGCAUAGUGCAACCAGCACGUGUUGGUGCAGAUGGCCGGCCACACCCGAUUGAGCACAUGCUAGAGCUCCAGGAAGACCGGGACCUCACAGAGUCGGCAUCAGACUGAGUGGUGCUGCUCCACCUGGCAAGUGGUUCUCAUCAAAGGCUGAAUGGAUGCGCAUCUGAGACAAUGUGUUCCGAUUGGAUGCAUUCAAGAGGUCCUCACCUGAGACCUUUGAGCUUUCCUUCUUUCUAGUACCCCUGUUAAUUAUGGGUUUUUGCCAUCUUUAGUUUGCACUUGGCCUUUUGUCAUCUUAGGCCAGGCUUUGGAGAGCGAGAACUGUAGUGUGUGUCUAGGGCUGUUCAAGUAAAAAGAAGUGAACAUUGUAAAAUCUCUGAUGAUUGGCUCACAAGACGAGGACCUUCGUCCUCGUCUUGUCACAAUCGAAUGCAGAAUCAGCGGCGCUUAACUAAUCAAUCUUCAUAACACAUGCUAGUUGAGAGAAAGCGAUAACCACAGUCACUUCUCCUAGCUUGCAAACUUCAUGCCUUACCACAAAUCGAACCCAGUUUGGUGCUAGGUUAGAGCCGUCACUUUGAUGGGUGCUGCCAUGUUUGUUUACACAAAUAUUUUGGGUCAACUUUUGGGGCUCCCACUAAAUCAGUGAAAGAGUGUGCCCGACGCAAAACCCAAAUGCAAUUUGCGUCUCACACAAGCGCAGUGGCUUCGACGCUAUUUCUUUGGGGCCCCAAAACGUUUGGGGCUCCUAUUCUAAAACUCUCUAUUAUAAAAUCAUACAUCUUUUUCAUACGGAAUCACACCAUGCCCCCACGGUCACCGCACUUCCCAUGCAUCUGCCGUAACCGCAACAGCACCUUCGACACAUGUGGUGUUACAGUGAAACCUCGCUAAACAGUAGUUGGCCAGAGCUCGGAAAAAGUAUGUAAACGGUAAUACUCCUUAACUGAAAUAGCAUGAGAUCGCCCACUUACCUGUCAAAAACGGAACUCGGAGAGAGUGCGAUGAAAGGGAAAAAACAUGCAGUAUUUAUUUACUUCGCACGACAAACAUGUUAUUUUCGUUUGAUGCCAGGGCGGCCUAGCAGCGACGACAGUGGCCUCAAACCUGCUGAAGCUGUGAGCCAGCUUUUCAGCCAGCCCCCUCUUCUCGGCAAACACUCUCAUGGCAGAUUCCUCAUUGGCGUUGCAUAUUCUCCGUGCACAGGUGCUGUAGUGUUGCAGAAGUCACGGGGCACCUUUUCAUUGCGGGGUACUGUUCUCGUUGUGACGAUUGCAUUCAUGAGGCUGACGUAAUGCGCAGAUUUUGCCACUGUUGAGCCUAAAUCGCCCGUGCUGUCACUUUCCGUGUCGUCCUUAUCGCUGUUGCUAGGCGACACUUCGGCAACAACAGAGGCAACGAUGGCGGAAGGUUGGACCUCGUAACCGACAUCUCUUCUUUCUCACAGCAGCGCUGCCAAGCAACUUCUUCGCAUUCCAAAUGCCACACACCAUAGUCAACAGUAGACCCACGUCGCGUGCCAGCGCCGCCUUUUCGCAUCACGUUCGAUAGCACGAACAAUGUCUAAUUUUUCUUCUAUAACCCGACGUCUUUUUUAUCCGAGUUUCAGUUUGACGUGAGUUCUCGCUUGCACAACGCCACAACGCUCUCUGGCACGGCACCAAAAUGAUGUUGAUGUUGAUGUGGCUUCAUGGCUUCACGUGCAAACACAUAGGGCGCUUGGAAGCCAUUGUGCUGAUCUCUGAGGCUUUUUGUUCUGCCGGGCCGCCCGCUGGAGACGACGCACCGCCGUAUUUGCACGAUGAAAAGUGGAAACACUACGUGUUAACCGAUACGUACGCAAUAAGCUGGUACGGUUUAUGCGGGUACAAAACACAUUAUGUCCAAUGGCCGCUGAGUCGGGGAUUUCUCUUUACUACCUUUAAAACAAAACUACUGUUUAAGCGGGUACGGUUUAACGAGGUUUUACUCUAGUGAAACCUCAGAAGAGCAGGCCUGAUUGAUUGGGGGACCACCUUCUGUGGGGGGAAGGGGAGGAAUUUUGACACAGCACGGUGAGAAAUGAAGUACAAUAACUUAUUUUUUAACCUUCAGCAAGAAAUUUUCUCUUGCACUAUUUUGUCAUCUCUGAAACAGGGAAAUAGAGUAACUGAUACAAGUUGAAGUUCAAAUACAUAUCUGUGUAAACAAAACUAUUUUAUAAAUCACUGUAAUAUGAUAUGACACGAAACAGAGGUAUUAAUAUAAACAGAAAAAUUUGGCAGCUCCAAAAAUAGUCGCUCACAAAGCAGCUGUGGCUUAGUUUCCACACAUUGUUGAUUAAGAGCCUGGGAAGUACUUGAUGCUGCUUGUUUUACUUUUUUGAAGUCAUAUUUCUUGUCAGAUCGAAGCGCCUCUUAACUGCCUGGGUCUGAUCGCAGGAACUGGUAGAACUCAUGGAAGGUUUGCUCAGUUUACCUUCACCAGUAUUUUGGUCUUGAUCAGGUCCACGCUGCAUUGACUUCAAUCACCGCUCCAAGCUCCCGUCAUCAGUGAAAAAAGUCGCAUUAGUCAUGGGAAUGCUCAGCACAACUGACAGCACAAUACAGUCAGAUUUGGAAAAGCAGCACCUUUGAGCAAGCUGCUCCACUUGUUCCCUAAACAUUCUUGUGAUUUCGCUUCGAGUACCUGCCUGAUUGCUGGCUGCAGAGAGCACAAUUUAUCAUACAGCUUGUCCAUGUUCAUGGCCGAUGUCAACUGGAACGCUUCAACAACUUUCGCAAGGUUACUGAAUAUUAGUUCAUGUUGGAAGUCCAAGCACUGAAGUUUUAAAGAUGUGAUAGUGCACAUGGCUUCAUCUGGGGGCCCAUAUCGGGGAGAACGUCGGGAGGGCACGCAUAGCUGGCGCCAGAAGCAUUCGUCACCCCCGUGAGCUCUGCAGCUAGCUGACUUUUUCGGAAGCUUGGAGUGCUUGUAGCUAAUGCAUCCUCAAACAGGGUGGCCAGGUGCAGCUGAAAUCAAGGGGCUGCUGAACAAUAAUAAUAAAGUGGGAAAUGCAAGUCAUUUUUGAAGAUUUUCAUAUCUUUUGCUUGGUGCAGGAUAAUAGCCCUCAAUGCAAAACAGUCCCGCAAGUCAUGGGACGGGUGGUCACCCUAUGUGGCCAUGUGCACAGGCGCCGUCGUCACACUCCCCCUCUCCCCCUACCCAUCUCCAUUGCUGCAGCACUGUCACCACACUCUUUCCCCUCUCCCCUACCUGUCUCCAUUGCUGCAGUGCCAUUGCUAUGCCUCUUUCCUCUCUCGCCUAUCUUUCUCCUUUGCUGCAAGACUGUCGCCACACUCCCUCUCCCCUACCCGUCUCCGUUCCAGCAGCACCGGCACCUCCGAUGCGUGGGACAUUAUAGCCACAGAAGUGCAGGCCACGUGCACAAGCACUGUCGCCACCGUUGUGCUUUCCCAUCUCCCUCAGAUGGUCGGCUGUGCACACAUUCCGUUCCACGAAACAGAUGCAAGCCACCCAGGAGCACAUGCGGGAGAUGCAUAGUGGCCUAGAGGUAAACAGCUUUGCUGUAGUAUGCAUAAGACUAUGACUACAUUGUGCACGACAGUUUCACACCCUGUGCUGCUUGUCAUGCUCCUGAGUCACUGUGCAGCAUAUUUGUUCAAAGACGAGAAAUUCUGUUCAUAACCAUUUCUAUGCACAAGAUGAAUUUCGAAUGGUUUCCAAAAGUAUUUAUGCAGUUGCAUAAUGACCACACUAUUUUUCCAACAUCUCAGCAGGAGUUGGUAUGUGGUUAUAACAGAUGAAGUGGCACAAAAAGAAAGGUGGGGGGAGGCAUACAAACAUACAGAAUGCCUGCACUCGGAGCUUACACCCAUUGGGGCUGAUCUUGUCCACAGACAAUAAUUGUCCUCUGUCUUACAUACAGUCAUCUGAUCUGUCUUGCAUGCCUUUCCUUUCUCUCAGCAGUGCAGGCCCAGCACUUCCAGAUCACAGAGGGCAGUUUGAUGGUCUUAACAGGAAGGUAGAGAGGGCAUAGUUUUCAAAAUGUACAUGCAUCCAAGUCAGAUGAUGAUUAUUGAACCGACUUAGUGUGGAAGCUUGGGCUUGGUGAUUCAUUGGAAAAAGGACACAGCAUAAAAAAUACAGAGACACAAGAGAGUGACAGGCACACAGUGCUGUGUGCGGGUCCCUCUCUCAUGUACCUGUCUUUUUUGCAUUGUGUCCUUAUUUCCUAUGAUUAUUUUUUGGGACAAGAUACGCACAAAAUGCUGUAAACUGGUAUUAGUGUGUGGCACUUGUGGCGUACUUUAUGUGCAUCUUUAUGUACGCUUUUGCACCAUUGCAUAUGUUGGCAGGGUUCAUAGGGACACCCUUUAGAAAGGCAAAGUUCUGUCGCUUUCUGCACAGGUAAAUGAUGACUGAUACAUUGUGAACAACAAGAUUCCUACUUUAGUGCUUGGCAAUGACCACUUUAAUAAGUCACUUGGCAAGGAAGGUGACAGAAGACCCGAGGUGAGGCCUAUCAUCGUGCCAUGCACAGAUUUUCUAAUGAUUAUUUUAUUGCGAUGGCAAUUAUAUGGACACUCUAUGCGAAUUUCUACUGUUGUUGCCGUGACAUUCCAUACAAAUUCCAAGUGUGAUAACAUCACGGCUGCGUGCCCACGCCGUGGGUGUGAGUGAGAGCAUGCAAGGGUGGGCCAAACAGGACGGUGGCUCGGUCUUGUUGCACGGGCAGGCAGAGAAAGGGCGGGGGAUUCACACUGUGUGGCCGAUGAGUACCAACACGAAAGUGGUGGGUCUAGGCGUGCCGAGAGCUGGUGACUUGGUGUGUGCCACGUUCUCGCCGUUGAGCUCACAAUGAAGCGAGCAGCAGCACGAAGGCCAAUUUGCUCGCUGCUGCUGCUGCCGCUCUUCCUUACACCAGUGUUCUGGCAGCCAGUGUUCGUGGUGAUCAACUGAGAUGUGUUCAAUGUGCAUGUGCGAGUGUGACACCAUGCUUGUUAAUUUAGUUAGCGAAUGCUUACAAGAUUAUACAACCUAUGAAAUUACUAUUUGGCCUUCGUGCAGCUGGCUCACAAGUAAUGCUUAGCUUUUCGACCAAAACUGCAACAUUUUCGUUCAUCUUUAUUAAUUUUUUUAUCAUCCAUCUCACCAAGUGGCUGAUACCGAUGAUAGCAGGGGUGCGGCUGCAUACCUACCAGAAGGCCAAAAGAAAGGGACCUGAAAAGAAAAUUGCAGGAUAAAGCCUCUGGAUUUGUUUUGACCACCCGAGACAAAUAAAACUACUGCAUACUACUGAAGGACUGUCGCCAAAGCCUCAGCAUGUGGGCACUUUUGCAUUGUGCCAGCAAUCAAGUGCCACCAUUGAGUGUCCAAUGCCCAUGACCUGGUGCUUAAGCCACAGCUGUAGGCGGAGGUAUCACAUCCACUCACAGUUGGAAGCUCCGUAGAAUCAAGCCAUCGAUAAUGUACUUGUAGCCCUCAUUCUGAAUGAUAUUUUGCUGCUUUAAUCUUUCUGUGGAAUCUGAUCAGUUUCUGAUGGCAUAGCCCAGCAAUUUGGGUGUUAUUUCUUAGUGAGUAAAGUUAUAAUUGCAAUUGUUUGGUAUGGUUAUGAGUGGAUUGCACUGCAUUAUAAAAUAUUUGGUCCUCUGUGCAAUCCAUAAUAAGCUGCAUUCACAUGGGAGACAUGUGGAAGCAGUGUACAUGUUAUGUGUUGCUUUCCAUCUUGCAGUGUCCUAAUGUGGAAUAAAUUCUUGUGCUGUCUGUAUCAA